UAACAAGUCAAUCAACAUUAUACAUUUAAAAUCUAUUCGUCAGCACGUUUUCCUUCUUAGCUGUAUAGUUUGGAAUAUUGUUUUAGUGCUAAUGUAGUUUUGCUAGUGUUUUGGGCUAACAUACUACAGAGCUAUAAGUCAAUCAGCGGUUAUGGCUUUUGGAUUUGUUUCAGGUGGGCUUCUACUUAUGUGUGCAUUAACUAGUGCUCUGCUUGACUCAAAGGCAUUGCAACAGUCCUUCAGCCUACCACAAACUACCAUUAACAUUGAAUGCAAGGCCAAUUCCCUGUUCAUCUCCCUAGACAUGCCUGCUUCUGGCAGUCAGCCUCGUUUUGAGGCAGUUGAUGCCACGGGUGCAUAUCCGAUCACAGAGAGCUAUGGGGUUCAGUGUGGUUAUACUUACUCUGUGCAGCCUCUGUGGGGUCGUGUUGUUCUCAGAGCCUCAUACUUCUCCUGUCACACAGACAACCAGAAUGAUGAGGUCUUCACCUUCAUGUUUGGUGUAUUCAUUACGGAUCAACUUGGCAAAGAAUCAUUUUUCAACGUUUCCAAGACUUGCUCUGUUCCUCCUUUCCCUCCAAGAGUGGUUACUUGUGAAGAGAACUAUGUGGAGGCGUCUGUGAGAACUGACCUACCUUGCCCUACAUCAGGCAGUAUUAAAGAUUUCUCUGCAUCUUUCUCUGUGGUCCAUAGUUCAGCAUUUGAGGCCUGGCAAGUGAUGCUACAACGAGAGGGACAGCAACCUGACGUCAUGUCAACUGAAAAGGCGGCUACUCUGGGCUACUUCAUAAUGCUCACACCUGGCAGACUUGUAUUUCGGACAACCUUUGGACAACCUCAUGCUUCUCUUAAAAUGGUUAAUAGUGUUGCGGUUGAAGUGAUCCAAGCCACAGUGUUUUUCAGACAAAACUGGAUGGUGGUCAUGGUGGAUCUAAUUGCUGCCUAUUCACUGGAUGAAGGCAUUUUUGAUGGCUACCGACUUCACUGGAGGACCCCUGCAGUGUUGACUCCCUUGUCUGUAGGAACAUCAGAUUUGAGUAGUGAGUACAUGGGCAUAGGAGUCGAUGGUGACAUUCUAAAUGAACAGGCUGUAGCAGCCCGAGGCUACUCUGUGGUGGUCAGUGAUGGGACCAUAGACUGCAGCAUCCCAUUUGCUGCUGAGGGAGGGAUCAGAAAGAGCUUUGUGGCCGGCAAUGUGUAUAAUGUGCUAUAUGCAGUCGUGCUGACGUACCAGCAAGUGUUUGUGGACCAGCGUGGAGUAAAGACAGAGUACAAUGUAGUCCGGCAAAUGGCUACACCACCAAUUCCUUAUCCUCCUUUUUCAGUUAACCAAACCGUUACUGAGGAGCGAGUCUUCACAGUCUACCUGGGUAAUAUUCCUUUCGAUGUGGAACUGGUGUCGGUGGAGCUGAAUGGGAAGGAGGUCUCUACAUCAUCGGCCACACAGAUGGGAUAUUUCCUCAACAAAGUCCCCGAAAGCAAUAUUACUUUUUCAUGCAUCAUUAGGGUGCCAUUUGAUGACCAGGUUGUUGUGAAACAGUACACUUCAGAGGGCCUCUUUGAGUACUCGUUGGAAAUUAAAUGGACUUUGUACAUCAUGCCUCAGAUGGAGGCCUACUACCAUUUUUCCUCUGUGGUUGCUCUUGUCCAAGUGAGCCAAGAUGUUCCUGACGUCCCCGCUGCCUCCCCUCCGGUCUUUAACAGCAUGUGUACUGAUGGUGGCAUAAGCUUUAUGAAGAACAAUAAGAAAUCUGACUACUUGUGGGACAUUACCAUUGGUUCCUACACAUUGACCCCACAGCUGGCAUCGGAGCGUGGCUACAUCUUGAUGAAUGACAGCAACACCUUACAACUGAAUGUUCCUCUCUUUACCAUUGGAUACGUCUAUGAGAAUAUUACUCUGCAGCAGUUUUAUGGAACUUUUGAACUUCUUGCCAGAAAUACUCAGACCUUGAAGAUUGAGCAGUCCUCUGCUAAAAGCUGCCUCUUCCAAACCACUGAGCUCUUGGUGUGCUCUACUGGGGGUGUGAUGACUGUAGUGAGUGACCUCACUAAAGCAGUACUUUCUGCUGACCCUGCCAGAACCACACUAUUGGACAUAAACUGCAGACCUCAAGAAACCGAUGAGACCAGAGUACUCUUCUCUUUUGGUCUCAACACCUGUGGCACUAGAUUUCAGAUUAAUCAGCAGUAUGUGACUUAUGAAAAUGAGAUCAUAUUUCAUGAGUUAUAUUCCACGGACAAUAGACCUGUCAUCACACGAGAUGCAGCAUACAGGAUGACUGUGAGGUGCAUUUACCCAGUAAGUGGCAUUGAAAGCAUUCUUGUGGACCGUCAGUUCAGAGCACAGACUCCUGGAAUUGGACAAAUCAAGGACCCUGUGAAGGUUCCUCCCCAAAUGCUUAAGCCCUUGCAACAGCCAACGCAAACCUUGCAACAGCAGAAACAAGCCAUUAUGAAGCCCUCUCUUCAGGCAUCUAAUGCAAGGAAAGCAGCUGUGUAUGUACGAGUGGGCUAGUGGAACAUGACUAGACCACACUACCCAGUGGUCAUUAGGUCCUAAAGGAUGCUUUUAGGUUUGUGGUAUUUAAUGAACUCUUAAGUGUUUUGUGCUUGUGGGGGAAAAAAAAUAAAAACUCCAAGCAUUU